UGAUAUCCUGGUUGCCACCUCGCACACAGAUGAUUCUGCAACGCGUUCGCAAAAUUCCUUACAUAACGUAAAUAAAACGGUGCCUGUCCGGACGAAUUGGCCGCGUUCGAAACGCGAUCGAGACGAAGUGUGACGCGACCGAAUUUAAAUAAAAUGUUUCACCCCCGACACCCGUCUAACGCGUUGUUCAGUGUUGUUUAAAUAUUAAACGGUUUAAGUUUAUGGUGAGUGUAUUUAUAGAGUCGACGAAUUGGUGUUUCUGAAUUUUAUUUUUGGGUGGCCCGUCUAUGUAUUUACAUUUUAUUACGUUAAACUAGAAAUUAACGCCGACUUCAGUCAUCGGUUCAAUUAAAUGUAUCAGAUUAAUUAAUUAUGCAGUUGUGUCGGUGCUGAGGUACGGAAUAGCUAUUUUUUUGAGCUUUCGUGAACGUACAAAUUGAGCGCCGUUAAAGAAGGAAUGUUGCUACAAAAUUUUACUGUAAAAUAGUAUGAGUGAGUUGCAAUCAACGAUUGAAUUUUCGGUGGAACUAUACAAAUUCUACAAUGUGGAUCUAUUUCAAAGAGGAAUGUACCAGGUCCGAUGCUCACUCCGCGUUUCUUCGAAAUUAGGAGUGGAAAUCGAAGUGACGACCCCCGAAGUAACAACAGGACUCGGUUCGGCAAUUGUUUUGGGAAAUUACGGAGCAUGUCGUCCCUUCCAGAUACUAUACAGGAACGAGGAAGUGUCCCUAAAAGAUGUCGUCCUCUUUCGAUGUCACAUGCUGGUCGACGGCAACAAUCUGAAGGAAUCGCUCGAACGUGCGGAGUACACCCUGCUGUUGGAGUUAUGGUUUAGUGAUUCGUCACCGGCCACGAUGGUAAUGGUGUCCUCAAGAACUCUGCAACUCACGAUGUCACCUGUUGAGGGGCUCCAUUAUCACCUGCCAGUAUUAUUCGAUUAUUUCCAUUUGUCUGCGAUUUCUCUUACCAUACAUGCCGCUCUUACUGCGUUACAUCAACCUUCUAUGAAGCGAGGAAUUCUCAAAUAUAUGCAGAGUUGUGCACCAAAAACAUCAAAGUCAUGGAGUAAAAUACGUUCCACUCAAUGUUCAGCGUUAACGGAUCCCGUCCCACCAGUGAGUAGUCAUAAGGUUUAUAACAAAAUUAACGAAUCACCGCAAAUUCAUUUAGAGGCGUAUAAUGUUCUGUUAGACUCGAGCAAUAAUUUAAAAACUGUUAUAAAAGAAUAUAAAAUUUUAAUGGAACAAAGAGAAGAAAUUGUUGCAGAAAAUUAUGAUAUAUUAAUUGUAAAACAUAACGACUACGACAGUACUAAGCUAAUGAAGAAACGGCCUCAUUUACAAAAUUCGGAAUUGGCAGAACUAUGUGCAGAAAAUAUAAGACUUUGGAAUUAUUUUUUGUUAACAUUCAGCGGAAAAAUCGCCAUACAACAAUAUUUAAGUAAAAGGCACCAUCUAUUACGUGUGAGAAGAUUCGCCGAACUUUUUUUUCUGAUUUACAACCCAAGAAGAUCUGCUUUUGGAUGCUACGAAACAAACUAUCAAAAUUAUUUUGUUAUUGCUGAUAUCCUUAGAAGGUCAAAAUAUAUGCAAUUACUACCUCCUUUGCCUGUACAUUGUUUAGCUCUAGACGGAGACAGUGCCUCCAUGCCAAUAAUAUUUGAAGAUCAGUACCAGGAUCCUUUUAAUGCUGAAAAACGCAGUGAUGAAACUCUAAAUCUCAGAUCUUCCAAAGAUCCCUGGUGCAUAAAAACUGCAAAGCUAGUUACCGACGAAACGCUUUGCUCAUGCGGAAUUGGAAAUUUAUGGGAUAAAAGGAAAAGCUCGGAAAAGACUUUGGUAAACGUCGACUUAUACAAUUUAGAAGAUCCACUUAUGUUUUCCAUUCCAACGAGGCACAGUAAAUCCUUGGACCAGCUGCAGACUUGUUCAAAAAAUCAUUUCCAUCAUUCUUUAAGCAACAUCCUCCACCAGAAAGAAUUCGUUGAUACAGGACAAUCAAAGAAGUCUUUAUAUCAUGCAGAUCGAAAGUUAAAAAACGUGUCAAGUGAGCACAACAUGCGCCAUCGAAAGUAUUUUAUAGAAGACGAAUUUAAAUUUUGUACAAGAUCUGAUAGUACAGAUGAUAACAUAUGUGAUUGUUCCUUUAAUAACUACAAUAAUUUUUCUACUACUAGUAAAAAAACAAAACCAACUAGCAACGCAUUAAAUUUUGAAGAUACGUCCAUAAAACGGAAUUAUACUCGAAACGGUGUUGAUAAAGUGAGACAAUUUGACAUAAAGAAAUUGACGAAUGCAAAGCAGCAGUACCAUUCAUUAAUUAAAUCUAUGAGUCAAACUUCUCAAGACAGUCUUCAAAAUAUUUUUAGAACCAACUCAAUGCAGUUCCUGUCACCAAAAAAGAGUACAAACGGUGUAAAUAAAUUUAAUUCGUUAGUAACGGCAAAGCGGAGCCAAAGUCGGCAACUAGAAUCAUUUUUGCAACCAUCAGAACCGCAAACAGUAUUUAAUGGUAAAGCGAACGACGUGAAGCAUCAAAAUGGAAAAUCAAAACAAAAUAAAAAACUAAAAUCAAACGACAAGGUAAUGAAAUCAAAAAAACGAAUAUCAAAUGGAAAAAACUUCGAGAUAGGUUCCACUAGUAGUUCUACAGAGAGUUUAUCUAUUGAUAUAUUUAAAACAGGGUUAAAUAGUACAGCUUUACUUAGAGUAAGAGGACUUCGAAAAGUGUGGAGUACUUCUGACUUAGGAGAUGAAAACGUUUCUCUUGUAUUAUCAGGUUCUGAAUCACUGCCUAACAUUUCUCCUAAAGCAGAAGAGAAUUUGCAUUAUCCGGAAACGAAGUACUUUAGUAGUUCGACUUCUUCGACCAGUGAACAAAGUGGGUGGAUUACUUCUAGAAGUAGUUCUAUAGCAUCUAGUACUGAUGUAACUAAUCCUGCCAUAAGUGCUACUGUUUCGAAUCUAGAUAAUUUACAAAAAAAAAUGUUUAAUUUAACUUCAGAUAUUAAAAAAAUCAAUGGGAAGAAAUUAGAGGAUAAUAUUUAUAAAGUAAAAUCUAACAAAUUUUAUUUGGAAAGUGAUAGUUCCAAUGGACAUGGGAAGAAGAAUAAAGAUUAUCCUUUGUUCAAAGGCUGUGAAAAUAACCAAAGUAACUUCUGUGAAGAUAUUGCUUUACCUCCACCGAAACAAUUUAGAGAUUUAGAUUCGCCGUCGAGUUCGAUAACGAAUGGCACUAACGAAGAGGAGAUCAAUGCUGUGGAUAAUUUAUUGUACCACGUUGUUGAUUCCCAAACUGUGCUUGAAACGAAACCUAGUCAAUUGAACGUAAACCCAACAAAAGAGAAUGAAGACUUUAAACAAUAUAAAGGAUCAAAUUCGGAAGCUCUAAAGACAUUUUUAAAAGGAAAAAAGGAAUUCAAAAGUCAAUUAAAAUUUCCUGGUUUAUUAUAUUCGGAUUUAAAUUCCUUUGCAUCUACAGUUCCUUACUUUCACAUAAGUGAUGAGUUUAGAAUAUUUUCACCAGAGGGAAUGCAUUUGAUAGUGUGCGUCCACGGUUUAGACGGAAAUUCUGCCGAUUUAAGACUUGUUAAAACAUAUUUAGAAUUAGGACUUCCAGGAGCAUAUCUUGAUUUUUUAAUGUCGGAAAGAAAUCAAGGUGAUACCUUUAGUGAUUUCGACACGAUGACUGAUCGACUUGUUAGCGAAAUCUUACAUUACUUAGAUACAAGUAGUAUACGACCAACAAGAAUCAGUUUCGUGGGUCAUUCGUUAGGAAAUAUAAUAAUAAGAUCGGCUCUAACAAGACCACAAAUGAAAUUUUUACUUCCAAGACUGCAUACUUUUUUAUCACUUUCUGGACCACAUUUAGGAACCUUAUACAAUAGUAGUGGAUUAGUUAACAUGGGAAUGUGGUUUAUGCAAAAAUGGAAAAAGUCCGGCUCUUUACUACAAUUAUGUUUGAAAGAUGCAACCGAUUCUAGACAGUCUUUUUUAUAUCGCUUAAGUCAAAGAAGUACACUCCACCAUUUUAAAAACAUACUUCUUUGUGGAUCAGGACAAGACCGAUACGUUCCUUUACAUUCAGCAAGGAUAGAACUAUGUAAGGAAUCAAUCAAAGAUUCGUCGGAAUUGGGAACAAUUUAUCGAGAAAUGGUUCACAAUAUAAUGUCCCCUAUAAUAUCACAAAAGGAUCUAAAACUUGUGCGUUACGAUAUUCAUCAUGCUCUGCCGAAUACUGCGAAUGCUUUAAUUGGUAGGGCAGCACACAUAGCAGUUCUGGACUCUGAACUUUUCAUUGAGAAAUUUAUGGCGGUAGUUGGAAUCAAAUAUUUCCGUUAGAUAUAACUAUUUAUAAAGUCUUUUUUUUUU